AGUGGCGCUUUAUUCUCAAUGCAAACCGCGGCUACGAGAAUAGAUUUUGCACAAGUUGGUUGCCGCUGCGGUCGAGGCACUUUCACUUGGUUGGUGUAAUGCUGCGGUGGCGCGCGCCGCUAGCGCAACGUAAUGACAAAGCUCUGAAGCCUGCGGCGCCAAACGAGCCACUGUAGCCGAGUCAUUCAUCGAUUUUCAUAGAUUUGCCAGUGAACACGGACAAUUGGCGAAGAUGCAAGUUUUGGCUUUGCUAUCGUUGACUGGUAUGCGAGCUCGCGGUUCAAUCCUCGUCCGAUGCAGUUCGCCAAUAGUACGGCAACGCUUUUCUUCAAAGUUUGCGCCUUCGCGCAGAGCCAGGCAGAACGAUGAGCUUGCCAGAGCUCGGAUCGCUGCGUUGACCUUCUGCGCUUCGCUGUCCGCGCCGAUGCAGCUCGAUGAGAGAGCAGCGCGGGCACGUCGCAAAGCAGCCAAGAGGCGCGACAAGAGAACAAGCGAGGAUGGAACUGCUGGUGCCGACGGUGUCGCAGGUGAUUUUCAAGUACGCAUGGCCCAUAGCCAAUUACAAAAAGGUAGUGAGCAAGAAGAGCAGCAUCGACAGCCCGAGUUUCGAGAUCAAUGUCAACGGCAUACGCAGCACCUGGAAUCUGUCCAUUAGGUUCUGGAAAGGACCCGAAGGAAAGCGAAUAAGCAAUCCCGUGGUGUUGUGCCUCAACAUUUUGAACUGCACGGUGGAGGAGGUCGAGCAGGCGAGGAUUCGCUUCCAAUUCGCGGUUUUCAACGCGGACGUCAAUUACUGGGAGUAUUGUCACGUGAGCCGUACAGUGCUGGAACUGCGUGCAAUUCGUGACAUUAUAUCGCUGGGUUAUAGCGAUUUGUCAAUUGUUGAUCGACACCUCAAGAAAAACGGCGAGCUAUGCGUUAUGGUCAAAAUACAGAUCGUACAAAGCGAAAGCGAAAAACAUAGCUUGUCACAGGACAUGGCACGACUACUGAAGCAUCCUCACGUAGCAGACACAAAAUUAAUCUGCCAGGGUGAAAACGAGAAAGAAAAUAUGGUGAUCCCAGUGCACAGCUGUGUCAUAUUAGCUCGUAGCGACGUGCUUGCGAACAUGAUAACGCCAAUCGAACAGAAGAAUGGCACGACGGAAGAAGCAACCGACAACAUUAAACAAAAAAUAGAGUUAUUAGAUCUAUCGAAAGAUAUUAUAGACGAGUUGUUACGUUAUAUCUAUACCGAUCAUGUCGAUAACACUGAUGCCUUGGCACCUCAGCUGCUCGCACUAUCUUUGAGAUUUAAAUUGCAAGGAUUGAAAGAAUUGUGCGAAAGAAGCUUGACAGAAACGAUAACAGCAGCCAAUAUAGCCACGCGAUUAUUACUGGCUGAUGAGUUUGACUGUGACAUAUUGAAGAGAGCUUGUUUAGCAUACUGCGAGGAGAAUGCGAUGAAUAUUACGAAGAAUUUUGCUUGGAAGAUGAUGGAACAAGUCAAUCCCGAGCUGUUUAUGGAAGUUUGCGAAGCUGGAAUAAGUAGCUCCAGAUCAAGUAACAUGGAUGACAGCGAGUUGAGUAAUUGAUUAUAAAUAAGAUGACUUUUGUACCGGCAAAUUGCAUUGUAUAUAUGUCAAAGAUAUUAUUAAAAAGCUUAUUAGGAUAGAGAUUACUCACUUAGGUUUGACACCUGAUAGAGAACACUCGAUAGCCUGGAAUCGGAGACUCAAGAAAU